AUGACCCUUGUGAGAAUUGCCCGAUUUUUGCACAGAAAGUCCCUGAAUCUUCACAGAGGUUACUCAACAAUGGUUUUGGACAAAUAUCCCAACAUCUCGCCCAAGUUGGCAAAGGUGCUGCUUCCUCACCUUCCCAAGUCAUCCCCAGAGCUAGACUACUCGACUUUAUCGAACUACCACAACUUCAAGAUUACAAAGACGACUUUGGACCUGGAGGUUUCUUUCGAUAAAAAGGCUUUGAUUGGACAGGUUGGCUACCAGAUUAGUCGUCUUUCUGCUGUCGAGUCUGUGAUACUUGAUACUGCCCAUUUGGACGUUAAAGCGGCUUAUGUCAAUGGAAGAGCCGUUGACUUCACCUUUGGAACCAAACACGAAACACUCGGAACUCCACUGAUAGUUUCACUUCCAGAAACUGCUUCCCUAUUUACUAUUUCAAUCGAUUUUGAGACAACUGCGGGUGGGACUGCCUUGCAAUGGUUGGACCCUCCUCAGACGGAUGGUGGAAAACUGCCAUAUCUCUUCUCCCAAUGUGAGCCUAUCCAUGCCCGUUCUUUUUUCCCAUGCUUUGACACUCCCUCGAUCAAGUCUACCUAUGCGUAUAAUGUGACUUCUCCGUUGCCAGUUCUGGUAGCCGCGCGUGCAGUUGGAGAGCCUGAGGCUGUCUCUGGUGAUCGCAAGCUGUACAAGUUCGAGCAACCUGUGCCAAUUCCAUCUUAUCUUGUGGCUAUGGCUGCAGGUGAUCUUGUGGGAGCUAGAGCUGGUCCCAGAUCGCAAGUUUUCAGCGAACCUUGCGUUAUUGAUAGGUGUACCUACGAGUUCGAGAAGGACAUGGAGAACUUCAUUGAGACCGCGGAGAAGCUAGUGUUUGACUACGAAUGGGAAACCUACAAUGUCCUCGUGUUGAACAGGGCAAUGCCUUUUGGAGGAAUGGAAAACCCCAACAUGACGUUUGUGACUCCCACCUUGAUUUCUGGUAAUAGGGAGAAUGUGGAUGUCAUUGCACACGAACUUGCUCAUUCGUGGGCUGGAAAUCUGGUCACCAAUUGUUCGUGGGACCACUUUUGGCUCAACGAAGGAUGGACAGUUUAUCUCGAAAGGAGAAUAAUGGGUGCUCUUCAUGGCGAACAGACCAGACAUCUUAGUGCUAUUGUUGGUUGGACUGACUUGGAGAACUCCAUCAGGGCAAUGGGCAAGUCUGCUGAAAGAUUCUCAACUCUGGUACAGGACUUGAAGGACCAGACUCAUCCAGACGAUGCUUUCUCCAGCGUUCCUUACGAAAAGGGUUUCUGCUUGCUUUACACUCUGGAACAAACUUUGGGAGGUUUUGAGGUGUUUGACCCGUUUCUGUCGUUCUACUUCUCCAAGUACAAGUACAAGUCUUUGGACACUUUUGAGUUCCUAGACACUUUGUACGGGUUCUUUUCGGACAAAACUGAGCUUCUGGACUCAAUUGACUGGAAUACUUGGUUGUACGCUCCAGGUCUCCCACCAAAGCCCAAGUUUGACACUACUUUGGUAGAUGAAUGUUACUCUCUUGCGCAAAAAUGGGUCAAGGUCAGCUCCGAGAAUCCAACUAAAAAAUUGCUGACGGAACAAUUCAGUGCUAAGGAUAUUGCGCACUUCAAAGGAAACCAGAACGAGGUAUUUUUGGACACUUUGGUCGCUCUAGAAGGAGUUCAUGGCUUUUCCUGGGCUUCUGAAGGAGGACAAUUGGCACUGUCGGUCAUGGAAUCAGUGUAUUCCUACUAUGCCAAAACUCAAAAUGCCGAAUAUCUGUACAGAUGGUUAAGGUUGCAACUCACCGGAAGAGUUACUUCUUACUACACAGAACUGGCCGAUUGGCUAGGAACUGUGGGAAGAAUGAAGUUUGUGAGACCAGCCUAUGUCUUGCUAGACAGGGUCGACCGUGACCUGGCUAUCGCUACCUUCAGAAAGUAUGAGAUGUCAUACCACCCUAUUUGCAGAUCUCAGGUGAAGAAGGAUCUAGGGUUGUAA